UUAGCCAGGACCAAACAAGCUUGGGAUACCAUCAUACCGUUCCUCUCCACAUUCAGUCAUUUGUCCUUUCCAACGAUCAAUUUUGCGCUGUCUGAGCAUCUUCAUACCUUGCAAGAUGACUCGCGUGUGUGCCCGUUGUCAACAGGAGCUCCCCAAGUCGUCCUUCACAGCGUACCAAUACUCCUUGGGUCGUGGCGUCUCGUGUUGCGUGUCUUGUGAUAAUGGUUAUCAUUCUGUCACCCUGUACGCAGGGAGGUCUUACAGCGGGAGAUAUAAUGAAUCUGGAUAUGCCACCGUUGACAUCCGCGCGCUGAGGAAUCCUUUUGCUCAGGGCACUUUUCGAUGGGUGGCCAUGGGGGAAUACAUUUCAGGUCCUCGCGAAGGUCGCGCUCUCUCGGAAGACUAUUUUACUCUCGAUAUCAAAGCAGUCGACAAAGCCUUAGAGAUAAUCGAUCAGUUCAAUCGGUUGAGAUUCAUGGACAAAGUCAUCAAAGUCAACAUACCCCAAGUGUGGGAAUUCGCAUAUGGACUGGAGGAAUUUACUGGACAGUUAUUUCUUUGCGAGCCUUUUAUCGACAACUAUCAAAAAUUUAACAGCAAUAGUGGAUGGAAGGACGAUAGUACGUCUUGGGCACGAGCGAUGCAGGCUCUUAGUCAUUUCAGCUACCACCUCUCUGGUGGGAAUCAUGUUCUCUGUGAUCUUCAAGGAGGUAUUCGUGGAGAUGAAGUUAUCCUCACGGACCCUGCUAUCUUAUCUCGGAACGGUGAAUAUGGUAUUACCGAUACUGGUCCUGAAGGUAUGGUGUCGUUCUUCAGCACGCAUGUCUGCAACGAAUUCUGUCGUCCACACUGGAUUAGACCGAAUGCUCCCAAACAACAUUUCUCUCCGGUACCUGGUACCAUGAUGAUUCCACGUCGAUAA